AUGAUAAUAAAAUCAUGCAAUAUCAAUAUUAUAUUAUCUUAAAGAUUACAACACACACCAUUGGGUUAUCUACAUCUCUUGAUUAAGCAAUUCAUCAAAAUAAAUAUAGUAUCUGAGAUCAAUUUAUGA